UGUGGGAUCACGGGUCACCCAACUCGACCCCUGCAAAGCAGAUUCUCUUUGAGGAGCUCCCCUGCCGGAGAGGGAGGGCGCAGAGUCCUCUGGGAAACGGCGACUCCAGUUCGGAUUGAUGACCCGGGGCGCGGAGCUAGGGAACUGGUCCUCGGCGGCUCCUUGUGCGCAUGUGCAGCUCUUCCUCAUUGUUCGGCCGCUUCCCUUGUCUCCUGCAUCGCGCUGCGGAGGGUCGCGGAGCGUCGGGUCUGCGCGCCCCCUCGGUCUCCGGGUCCCCGCACCAAGGAUGUGCGCUACAGCGGCGCCUUCACCGUUGUCUGAUCUGGUCCAGAAGCGAAUGGGCGUGGCACAGGGGUCCGUGUUGUUCGGCGAUAUAUCCGUGGACUUCACCCAGAAGGAGUGGCAGCUGCUGGACCCCACCCAGAGGCGCCUGUACAGAGACGUGAUGCUGGAGAACUACAGACACCUGGUUUCCCUGGGCCUCUGUGCUACCAAACCCGAGCUGAUAUCCAAGCUGGAGCGAGGAGAAGAACCGUGGGUACUAAAGAGAAAACUCACAACUCCGAGGCCCACAGCAAUCGAGGGAGCUGACCACAUGGAGAGAAGUCAAGAAAAGAAAGAUCAAGAUUCAAGACAAACUCUAUUUAUCAACAACCAGGAGACGAAGGAGAAAAGCAAAACAUUAGGACACGUUUUUAAUAUGGCUGUGAAACCUUCGAGAAUAGUCCACCCGUGUGGCUGUCUUGGAACAAGUGGGUCCACAAUGACUUUUAGUAAUAGAAGUCAUGUAAGAAAAAAAUCUAACGAUCUCAAUGAGGAUGAGUGCCUUGGCGAGAAAACUCACACAGGGAAAAGAUCGUAUGAAAAUGAUGAAAAAGAGAAAUCCCACACGCACAAGGAGGACUCAAGUCGACAUCAGAAGAAAUCGGCCUUGGAGCCGCUUCUUGGAUGUAAUAAUUGUGCGAGCGCCUUUCAUAAAGAGACUGUCUCUGUUGCACGUCAGAGUGCUCGGGCCAGAGAGAAAGUCUCUGAGGAGGAUACAUCUGAGCAGGCCCUCAACCAAAAAUCAAGGCGAGGUGCUCAUCCAAGAACACUGAGGGACAGGAAACCACAUGAAUCCAGUAAAAAUGGGAAACCUCCAUCCCAGACUCUCACGGGGGAGAAACACGAAUGUGAUGCAUUUGGGAAAGCCCUUCCCAAGGCGUCAGACCUCACUCGACGUCAGAGGAGACUCAUAGGCAGCAACCCUGAGGCGGGGGAGGGACCUGAGACAACCCUGCAGGAGCCGUGCCACACCCCACAGGGGAGAACCCGUGCAGGGGAGAAACCCUUGGAGGGUGAUGAACUUGGAAACGCCUUCCACGAAAAGCCAGCCCUUCCUCAACCUCAGAGACACCUCGCCACAGAAAACCCCCAGGAACAGGAGGAUGGGGCUGGCACCGCUAAGGAGUCACACUCCAUUAGCCACCAGAGCAAUAACACCAGAGAGGGAAGCUUGAAAGGCCGUUCACGUGACGAGGCCUCUGGUGAGAAGUCCACACGCGCUCAGCGACAGAGAACUCACAGGGCGAGGGAGCCCAAAGAGUGCAGGAAGCCUGGGGAGAGCUUAAACAAGCCGCCACCCGUCACUCAGAAUCCGAGAGCUCAGAGAGGGAAGAAAACCUACGACUGCGACAAAUGCGAGAAGAUCUUCCAGAAGAAAAUGCAGCUCUCUCAGCACCAGACCACGCACACGGGGAAGAAGCCCUACGAAUGUAGUGAAUGCGAGAAGUCCUUCUCGGUCAAGUCCAACCUCACGGAGCACCAGCGGACCCACACGGGAGAGAAACCGUAUGAAUGUCACGAAUGCGGGAAGUCUUUCUGUCAGAAGUCAGCCCUCACGGUGCACCAGAGGACCCACACGGGGGAGAAGCCGUACCGGUGUAAUGAGUGUGGAAAAACCUUCUGUGUGAAAUCAAACCUAACUCAGCAUCAAAGGACCCACACAGGGGAGAAGCCCUAUAAAUGUGACAAGUGCUGGAGAUCGUUCUGUGUGAAAUCUAACCUCGUGGUCCACCAGAGGACUCACACGGGGGAGAAACCCUACAAAUGUCCCGAAUGUGAGAAGACUUUCUAUGAGAAGUCAGCCCUCACCAAACAUCAGAGGAUUCACACCGGGGAGAAACCCUAUGAGUGUCACGAAUGUCAGAAGACCUUCAGCCAGAGGUCGGCGCUCACCAAACAUCAGAGGAAAACGCAUAAGAGAAAAACUCCUCCGAAGGCUCUCCAGGAGCAAAAGGCCACAUCCACUAGUCAGACCCACGGAACUCCAGCUAAAUCUCAAGGGACACAAGGGACAAAGCCUUCAUCUGUCAGUAACAGCUAACUGAAAUGGGACGAUUAGUCUAGAACUGAGAUCCUUCAUAAAAAAAAAAGGUCAACUAAGAUUCAAAAAUAUUGAGGUGAAGUAGGUAAUUUUUAGAAAUACGAAUUAAAAUGUUGAACUGUUUCUCACUCAAAGUCAUCUUUAGAUGUGGUUCCAGAUUUACUGCAGGGGUGAAAAUCAUGGGUUGCUCUUAAUAGCGUGUCGCUGCGAAGCUUUUGUAAAUGCAUGGAUAAUUUGUCAUGGACACGAGAACAUUAAACAGGUAUGUGGAAACCUUCCGAGGUACAUUGUACCAGGGAUUGGUAUGGAGUGCGUGAGAGUGCUAUAUGAACGAUGCUCAUGAACUUUGAGUGUGUUAGAUGUGC